UUACAGGACAUGGCUGGGGAGCAGGGCCUGGCUGGAAUUUGAAUAGAACAAAAGAAAGCUCACUGAGCUCUUGAGUCUGAUGUCUGCAUAAACCAGAGACUGAUUCUGGAAACCCCAGGCACCCCUCCUGGCAAGAGGCUGGCAUUUCUGGGAUAGGACUAGGCAAAAACAGGAAGGUAAGAUUUCUUGGGUCUUUUCCCUGUUUGACAUCAGCAACCUGGCACCAAAGAACUUUACCUUCUUUCAUCUUUCCACCCCAUCCUUCCUCCCUGUCUCAUCUCCCUGGGAAAAGCAGCCCCUACUUCAUCAUCCCCAAGGUACCCCAGUACCAAAAAGGGCCUUGUCCUGGCUUCUCACUCUGGAUGUAACUGUUCCAGCCAAGACUCAUCCUCAGCCAGAAGGACUUGCUUUAGGGACCCAUUCUCAUCAAUUUCUCCUGAUAAGACAGGCAGGCUAGGACAGGAAGUAUAUAGAGGGGAAGAUGAAGGCAAGUUGGUGCUGGCCUGCCCUCUGCUCCCACCCCACCCAAAAUUCCCCUAUCAGAAUUUGUGUGUGUUCAUAUGAUUGUGUGACUGGAUGAUUGUGAAGACACAACUGUGUGGGAGUGGGACUUUGAGGCCAACUGGGGCUAUAUGAUUCUGUCCUUGGUUGUCUGAGCAUGUGAGGUUGACUGAGUGAGUGAGGUGUGACUAUGAAUGUGACUAUGGGUAUAUGAGUAUGAAUGUCCAUCAUUGGAUGCCACCAUGGAUCCUUAGCUGCCCUUACUUGGCCACUACGUCAUCAGCCUUCACAUCAUGCAGUACCCCUCUCUCCAGCUUCUCUGUCCAGGGCUUAGAAGCCAUGGGAAAUGGCAGCCCUAGAAGAGGAAGGGGUCUGUGGCAAUUAGGGCUCAGGAAUGUCACAGGAUGAGCAAUACAUCUUCACCUGCCUCUGACUCACCUGGUGCCCCAGGUAAAAGGCACCCAGAUAAAAGGUAGGGGAGGAGGAGAAGAGAGAAGUAUCCAAGCUGAGCAGCAUGAAGGGGCCCUCACCCACAAGCAGCCUCCUUCUGCUACUGCUGCUGCUGACCCCAGACCCUGGAGCAGCACUGCUACUGUCACCCAGCAUUACCUGCUGUACUCAGCUCUACCGCCAGCCACUCUCGAACAAGCUACUGAGGAAAGUCAUCCGGGUGGAACUGCAGGAAGCUGAUGGGGACUGUCACCUCCAGGCCUUCGUGCUUCACUUGUCUCGACGCAGUGUCUGCAUCCAUCCUCAGAACCGCAGCCUGGCUCGGUGGUUUGAGCGCCAAGGGAGGAGAUUCCAGGGUAUUCUGCCUAACCUGAAUUUGGAGCUGAUAGAGAAAAUGGACCAGGGGCCCUAAUAGCCAAAAUAAUAAAGCAUCAUUGGACAAUAGUCUCUGACUGUGGUCUCCAAGUUCU